AACGACAUCAACCUUGGAGCUCAGUCAUUAAUACAUAACCAACGAUUGAGAAGGUGAACACGAAGAGUUGUAAGUACGCUUCCUAAAUUCACUUUUACGAACGUCUGUUUGUGGAACAUCAUUGUCGGUCGUACACGGUUUCACUAAAAACCGGUCUCUCGCCGUUUCAUAGAAACUGGUCGUUUUGUACCAUCGCCAUCGAGAAUAGUGUUUUUGAAGAAUGUAUAUCUAUAGGCUGUUUAAUUAAGUUUAAAGAAACGUCUGUAACUAAACUUGUAUUUGAUGAGCUCAAUAACAACCUCGGACUGGUAAAUUAGGCUACGAUAUAAUACAAAUAGGCUUGGCUUUUAGCCUUCCGUAUUAGUAAAUUGUUUUUUUAACGAGUGUAACAAAUGUGCUACUAAUUUAUAACUAACGUGAAUAAGUGUUGCUGCGCGGAGUGGUGACCCAGUUGAAGAGCCAGUCGAUUGUAGCGGUUGUUCUUAUUCACGUCACUGAAUUUGGGCUAUAGGGGACACGAAAGGGGGUUGAAUGGGGGAACAAAAACUUCCAACAAACCUUUGAGUUGGGAGGAAGCAUAUUGCAAUAAACUGCAUUAAGAUUGUUCACAGGUAGGCCUGGGACAUUACUGGAUGUAAGGGGUCGACCUCUGUCCGGGACGCUCUAAACUGAAAACUGAGAUGCAUUUUCUUUUAAGCGCUAAAUGGACUAAAUAAGCAUUCUGCACAGUGCACAUGCUUGUAAUAGUAAUAGGCUGUACAUCACCCUCUAAAUGCUGUGGUUAGACGGGGACACUAGUGACAUUUCUAUAAUUAAUAAUGAGUCUAUAAUUAAUUAUUAUUUUUCUUAAUGAGUGCCUCUUUUUCAACAGUUACAUGAGCAGAGAUGGCCUUUCAUGUAUUAUUUUUGUCAUGUGAAGGGCUUUCUUACUGUUAGGUGAAAUCUAUGCUCCUGCUGUGAGCUCCAUUCCCAUGCAGGAUUAAACUGGUCAUCUUGUCCCACAUUUUAUGUAUAAUCUUAUGAAUCCUGGCUUUGGCCAACAAAUAUUAAUCUCUUUUUUGUAGGCCGUAUUUCAUGAAGUAGCCAGAACCAGAUUUAUACUUUACCCUUACUUUUGCUGCCUUUUGAACAAAAUGUACAUUUAUCUCUUGCUUUGCUGGAUGCAAAGUACAUCUGUGAAUGGCAUGGUGAUGGAAAAGACUGCAGCAGUUUCCUGUAAAAAAGAUUUAGAAAGCUGGUUUGUCUGAGAUAGCCGGAAGAAAAGUUCUGCGGAUACACAAAACGUCCCACCAGAUAUGGACUAAAACCAGACCUCAGAGCCAACACCUUCAAUAUACAAUAUCUAACAUAAUCCAAGCUUUAAAUAUGGAUGCUACAACAGUGAAUGGACAUAUUAAUACCAGCAAGACUGACUCCCCUGUGUGUACCGGUAGUAGUCCAUGCUAAACAUGGGUAGUGAACCCCCCCAGGCAGUUUCCCGGCUGUUCGCCUGGGUCAACGGGAUGUCCAAGUGUGAGCUGAUUGAGCUGAAGGACCUCAGCCUGAAUGAUCGAAUUGAGCUGGCACCAGACCCACCAGCACCUCUGCUCCCUCCAGCGCCCCUGACUCCCAGACAGGUGAGGGCUCUGGAGAGGCCCAGUCAGGCGGUCCGGAUGACGGGGGACAGUGUUAGUGUUGAGGGGCCCUCGUGGUUCCCGGGGCAGGGUGGGAAGGGACAUGACUUCCAGCCUUGCAGCUAUACUCAGAUCGCAUGGUGCGACCUUUGUGGAGAAUUCAUUUGGAGCCUCUACAAACUGAGCCUGAGCUGUGUUAACUGCAGUUACACCUGUCACCACCAUUGUCGACCUUAUAUCCAGUUGGAUUGCAGCACAGACAGUAGGCUCCUCCCUACUGAUGAAACAGAUGUUUCUGAUGACAUUGUAGAGACUGAUACCAAUGUGGAUGUGAUUGAACCUAUAGACUGGGGGAAACAAGUGCUUUCUCUCGGUGACAUCCAGCAGAAGGUAAAGGAAUACAACGCUCAGAUCAACAGCAAUCUCUACAUGGUGCUGAACCGAGAUGGAUCAUACACUGGCUUCAUCAGGGUCGUUUUUAAGCUAACUCGCCCUGUGUCACUUCCGUCCCCCGCAAAGACAUCCCCACAACUGGAGGAGGGCCAGCAAGAACGGGGGCUGAAGCGCCGGACCUCCUUCUACCUCCCCAAAGGCACGGCUAAACACCUGCAUAUUAGCUCACGGACACGGGCACGAGAAGUCAUAGAGGCCCUGCUCAAUAAGUUCACAGUGGUGGACAACCCUGCCAAGUUCGCCCUGUUUGAACGCAGCGAACGUCAAAACCAGAUAUAUCUCCGUAAGCUGUCUGAUGACGAGCGUCCGCUUCACCUGCGUCUUUGUGCCGGACCCAAUGAGAAGGUCCUCAGUCUGGUGUUGAAAGAGAAUGAAACCGGGGAGAUCAAUUGGGAUGCCUUCAGCUUUCCUGAGUUGCGCAAUUUCCUGCAGAUCCUUCAGCGCGAGGAAGAAGAACACGUCCGGCAGAUAAUCAAGCGCUACGCUCUUACGAGGGAUAAGAUGAAAGAGGCCUUGGCUAGUGGUACCGCCCCUGGCUGAUGUGGAGUGGCAUGGGUGACAUCAUGCUGGAGAGCCAAACACAGGUAUAACCUGUGGCCACCAGGAGCAUGGCACACAAUACGCCAGUCUGAUUUGCCUAAAUAGAGCCCGGCACAGCUAUUACUACUACUGUAGCUGUGGAUGGCAACUAGGGCCAUUAGGGGAUAGAUGGGGGGGGGGGAGACAGGAAGUCAGAGAUCAAUCAUGAUAAUGCCCUUGAGAUGAGCAGGGAUAUAGUAGUGUAAGCCAGGAGAGAAGAUGGGGCAAAUCAGUGGGCUAAAACUACGUCUGUGGAGCACGGAUUAGGGCAUUUUGCAGUAAUGGAGCAUGUAAAAGGACUAGAGGAUGUCGCCUGAGUGGAGAGACGAGGCCGUAAUUGACUGGAGAUUUCCUGGUCUGGACACUGCUGGAGCAUGGGGGUUUCUCACAGAAUUUUUUUUGCUGCUGCUCAGGGCUUUUUCUGGCGGGGCAGGGUUACUGUAUUGAGCUGUCGUUACUCUUCGCAUUGUAUUUAAUAAAGGGAUUGUUGAAUGUGCCCAACAUGUCAUUUUGAUUUGGGCUUCUCCUAGAAUUUAAUAUCAUGUGAUUAACUAGGGUUGUGUUCAAUGAGGCACAUUAUAGAAAAAAUAUUUUGCAAUGGAUAAUGCAUUUUCUUAUUAGGAUAUGUUUUUUAUCCUACUGAACAUGCCCCUGCUUCCUGCAAAGUCUAGUGCCAUAGUUAUUUAAAGUAUUUUGACGUUAAAGUAGGCGUCUUAUUGUAAUGAAAUAUCUAUGAAACAGAUUCUACAAUAUUUUGAAAUACUAUGUUCAUAUCCUUCUAAUUCUAAUAAAAAGAUAACAAAUCA